AAGUUGCAAAUGAAGGCCGCCUUUUCUUCUUCUGAUGAUGAUGAUACUGUAAGCCGGUGGAGCUGAGCAAUUUCAAAAUGAGAAAGCAAGUGCUAACCUUAACGGAAGCUGCGGCGUCGAGAAUACGGCAGCUGUUAGAGCAGCGUCAGCGUUCUUUCCUCAAGCUUGGCGUCAAAUCUCGCGGCUGUAACGGCUUAUCUUAUACCCUCAAUUAUGCAGAUGAUAAAGGAAAAUUUGAUGAGUUGGUUGAGGACAAGGGCGUGAAGAUACUGAUUGAUCCAAAGGCUCUUAUGCACGUCCUAGGUACAGAGAUGGAUUUUGUUGAUGAUAAGCUCAGGUUUUCGUUCAAUUAUAUCCCUACGUAACUUGUCAUCUAAGGCUGCGGCCAAGAUCCUAUUUCUAUUCUAAAGCAAAAUCCCAAAAACAAACUCGGGAUGAGCAUCAAAAAUCCAUUUAGCUCUUGCUCGAUUCAUAGUAUCUGUGUCCUUGUGAAACCGACAGGGGCGGAUUUACGUAGAGACUUUGGGGUGGUACGGCACCUGGACACUCGGGUAAAAUUCUAUAUAUGUACUGGUAUUUUACCGGAAAAUAUGAUAUAGGAUCUGAGUGGCACCCAAAGGUAACAAAAUGAAUGUGGGUGCCAUGGUUGAGUUGCCAAAUUUUCACAUGCAAAACCCAGGUUCGAAUCUCACCUGGUUUCAAGCUAGUGCUUAUUUCCCCUGUGGUCGUAGUUGCUCCUCUUUUUUAAUUUUUUCUAUUUCCUUCAUUUUUGUAGUUGCUCCUCUUUUUUAAUUUCUUCUAUUUUCUUCAUUUUUGUAGUUGCUCCUCUU